AUGCCAGCUCCUACUCUGUACUAUUAUCCCAUGAGCCCACCAGCCCGGUCGGUUUUGCUACUGAUUAAGGAGCUUGGAUUGACGGUGAAUCUGAAGGAGGUUAACCCACUUGCUGGUGAAACGCGCACCGAGGAGUUCAUGCGCAUGAAUCCGGAACAUACCAUUCCAACGCUGGACGAUAAUGGAUUCUAUCUGGGUGAAUCACGUGCCAUUCUGUCGUACUUGAUUGAUGCGUAUCGUCCCGGGCACACGCUCUAUCCAAACAUUCCAAAGGAAAAGUCCCUAAUCAAUCGGGUGCUGCAUCACGAUUUGGGAUCGUUCUAUCCGAAGUUUUUCGGUACUAUUGGCGCGUUGUUUUCCGGCUCGGCCACGGAAUUCUCGGACGAGAUGAAAACUAAUGCCGAAAAAGCGUUGAACGACUUGGAGACUUAUCUUAUCCGCAAUGACUACUUCGCGGGCGAGAAUUUAACCAUCGCGGACUUGGCAUUGCUACCGACGAUUGCUUCGGCUGUGCACUGUGGUUUAAAUUUAACGAAGUACAAGCGACUAAACGCUUGGUAUGAAAGCUGCCAGCAGUUGAAGGGAUACCAUGAUGAUCAGGAAGCAUCUCGACAGGUUGCGGAGUUCCUACGUUCCAAGUAUCCGCCCGGUUUGGAACCAUUGAACUAA